GAAGCAGAAACUGAGUAUCCGCAGAUCGCAAAGAUAAAGGCUUUAAUUGAGAAGAGACAACAGAAGCAGCCUCAUUAUCUUUUAUCCUCAUCAUCAGCGGUAACCUCUCAUUAUAAUCCUCCGCAGGAUUCAAUGAUGGGUCCCCCAGGUUACUAUAAAGAACCAGGAGAUGAAGACUCAGAUGCAAUUUAUUCAGUAUCUGAAGGGAUUGAUGAUACUGAACAAAUCGGAGGAGGUUUGACAGAGUUUUCACUCCUGAUGGUAUGGACAACUUGUCAGAGGAAGUUGUUAGGCCGAUUCCUGGUGCUUCAGUUGUUUCAGAUGCUUUGAGAGCUUCAAGGUACACCAGUUCGUUUUGACUCAUUCAACGAGUGCUCGCUUGAGCUUUUGAAGAAUCCCUUCAAUCGACUUUAGUUGUUGUUCCUCUUUGUUCCACGACUUACUUUCUAGAAAAACCUGGGUUAAGGAAUUAAUUCAUUUUUCAAGUUUCUCUAUCUUCUCACCAAGUUGCAGGACUGUAGCUUCUAAGGACUGAAUUUGAAUUUGUUGACUUCUAAAUUCUUUCAGGUUAACUUUACUUGAGAGGCAGACACGAUCGUAAAUUACAGCAAUAUUAUGAGCUAGUUCUUUAGUUGAUGGCUUUUCAGUUGAGGCAAGAUCAAGGUAGUUCAUAAUCAGUUUCUUUAAUAAAACAGUAGAUCAUAAACCAUCACGAUCCAGAUGGAUAGCCUUCACGGAUUACAUUACUGGCUUAGGCAUAGAUGUGUCAUUAGAACAUAUUAAUGGUUCUGAUAAUACUCUUGCUGAUGCAUUAUCCAGGCUAGUUUAUUCACUGUUUUCUAUUACAGAAUGGCCAACCAAGGAGGAACCGGAAGAUAUGGAGGUACUAAUAGGCCUUCAGCAACUCGAAGAACUUAUCCAGCCCUUCAGAGACAUGAACGGAUCAUCCUCUCCCAGACAGAGCCAUCAAUUGAUAGAUGAGCCAGAUUAUGACAGGUUCAUAAUUCAGGCAUAUUAUAUUAUUAUGAGCCUUCAACAGAAUGGCUAUUUCAUUCCACUCAUAUUAAUCCUCAUUUUGAGCAGCAAUUUGAAGAAUUAAUGAUGCAGCUCAAAACCUGUGGAAUCAUAGGCGAAGACCCUAUGAAGUACUGGUCGCACAAUCUAUAAGUGAGUAUGAAGGAUUUGAUGCUGUUCAAUUUAUCAAGAUGGUGCCACAUGCAACCAGGCCAAUCCGAGCAACCGAUGGAGCUGUUGGUUAUGAUCUAACCUCAAUAGCUAUGUAUGUUAUUCCAGCCUAUGGAAGAACAUUAAUUUCUACGGGUUUAGCCAUGGAAAUACCCUGUGGAAUGUAUGGAAGAAUUGCCCCAAGAUCAGGGCUUGCCUUGCUACACGGCAUCGAUGUUGGCGCAGGAGUAAUUGACCCUGAUUACAGAGGAGAAAUCAAGGUCCUUCUCUUUAAUCAUAAUCAGGAGGAAUUUGAAGUGCGCGCUGGUGACAGAAUUGCUCAGAUCAUCUUUGAGAAGGUUUCUUUACCAAGAAUGGUGGAGAAAGAUGCUCGCAAUCUCUGUGACAUUCGGAAUGAUGAAAGACAUGAUGCUCGCAACUGGAGGAGCACUGAAGGAUUUGGCAGCACAGGGAAAGCUGCUUUACAAUACAAAAAUGAUGAUUCAGAUGAUUCUUUGGAGUACCAUGACCCUUUGGGAUAUCAACAUGAUGAAGAAGAAUCUGACUCAACACUUAACAUAAUCGCUAUGAUGGAGGAAGCAGAUAGAGAAGCAGAAACUGAGUAUCCGCAGAUCGCAAAGAUAAAGGCUUUAAUUGAGAAGAGACAAUAG